AACAACGAAGCAGCUGAAGUCUUCAUUUACCCGCGAAACUAUUUUUACAAUUUUUCUAAGACUCGGUCUUCUUCACUCAUACCUUUAAUUAAUGCUGUAUUUUUCAAUUUCUUCCAUUUUUUUUUUUUUUUUUUUUUUGUUUCACGGUUAAGUUAAAUAGUAGUAAAAUCACAAAGCCAGAGUCAGAGUCAGAGUCGGAGACUUUUCAUAUAAAAUUCGAAGGACUACAGGAAAUUCAAGUCUUCAAAGUUGAAGAAACGAUAAUCCCAUUUGCAUUUGUGGCCUGUUCAAAGUUUUGAAUAAGAGAAAGAUUGAUCAAAGUCUGAGAGUUGAAGAACUCUAGAUCAUCAUUAUUUGUAUUAUAAACAAGUUUUUGAUAUUGUUUUCUGUUUUUCGAUUAUUUAGUUGAAUUCAACCUGGAUAGGAGCAGUCUAUUUUCUUGCUGCUGUCUGCUUUAAGAUUCAACAAAGAAGAGAAGAAUUCUUCAGAUGGGCAUUUGCUGGACUUCUCCGGCUAAUGUUCCUGCAGCAAACACUACUGAUCAGCUCAGUAGUGCAGUAGGGGCAUCUCAGACCAGCCAGACGGUGUCUUCGGGGACUUCUGGGGCGAGCAAUGUGUCUCGGAACAGCCACUUCUCAGCAUCUAGUGGAGAUGAUGUUUUUCCCACUGGGCAGAUCUUGCCCACACCAAACUUAAGGAUCUUCAGUUUUGCAGAACUGAAGGCUUCAACUAGGAAUUUCAAAAGUGAUACGCUGCUCGGAGAGGGAGGAUUUGGGAAAGUCUUCAAAGGUUGGCUCGAUGAGAAAGUGCCAGGGAAGAGCGGAAGUGGAACUGUAGUUGCUGUCAAAAAACUGAAUUCUGAGAGCUUGCAAGGAUAUGAAGAGUGGCAGUCGGAAGUAAAUUUCCUGGGAAGGCUUUCCCAUCCUAACCUUGUAAAGUUGUUGGGAUAUUGCUGGGAAGAAAAAGAGCUACUGCUUGUUUAUGAAUUUAUGCAGAAGGGUAGCUUGGAGAACCAUCUAUUUGGAAGGGGCUCUUUUGUUCAGCCAUUGCCAUGGGAUAUAAGACUAAAGAUUGCGAUAGGAGCAGCUCGAGGCUUGGUUUUCCUGCAUACAUCCGAGAAACAAGUUAUUUAUAGAGAUUUCAAAGCGUCAAAUAUACUGCUUGAUGGGUCCUAUACCGCCAAGAUAUCUGAUUUUGGCUUAGCGAAAAUGGGUCCUUCAGCUAGUCAAUCUCAUGUCACUACGCGAGUUAUGGGCACAUAUGGUUAUGCUGCUCCAGAGUACGUUGCGACAGGGCACUUGUAUGUAAAGAGCGAUGUGUAUGGUUUCGGAGUUGUAUUAGUGGAGAUUUUAACUGGCCUACGAGCGUUGGAUACAAACCGUCCAGGUGGGCAACAUAAUUUGGUUGAUUGGAUCAAACCAUACUUAUCUGAAAAGAGAAAGUUGAGGAACACAAUGGACUCUAGGUUGGAGGGGAAAUAUCCCUCUAGAGCUGCAUACCAAAUUGCUCAGCUUGCUCUGAAAUGUCUCGAAACUGAACCCAAACAUCGCCCUGCAAUGAAAGAAGUACUCGAGACACUAGAACGGCUCGAAGCAUCUAAUGAAAAGCCACGAGAACCUAGACAUCGUUCAAGUCGUCCUGUUGCUCAGCGACAAGGCCAACAGCCUUUGCCUUAUCGAUCUCCAAUUCACGCGAGAAAUGGUGUAAACCAUGGCUAUCAGCACCCGCCUCGUGUAAGCCAAUUUUGAUAAAUUUAUUUGUUAAAAGUGAGAGGCAUUUUCUUGUGAAUCAUGCUGAGUAUUGUUCAUAUAUGAUAAUUAAUUCCCUCUCCCUUGUCAAUGUGAAGUUGAGUUUAAUCUUUCAUUGUAGCUAGUAAUAUCCAUUCUGUAAAUUGGUACUUUGUUUCUAUCAAACAGAGUAUCUGCUAUUAAUCCCUUCCUUUUUGAUAGCAAA